AUGGAUAAGAAACAAGUGAACCCCGAUGGUCCCACAGAACUUGUCCUUGUUUCACAGUUCCAAGGUGCUCCCGUCUAUAGAGUAGUCGCAAAAACCAACUCUACCCCGGAGUCUGCGGCCCCCGUCCAAAGCAAUUCGCAGGGGAGUUCUCAACACAGGGAAUUGAGGAUGCAGGACCCAAUUGACGGCUCAGGUCGUUUCCCUCAUCCACCACGUGAAUCUGUCCCCGAAGGUCAAAUCGGAGCAGAUGCGGACCGUGGUCUUGAAAUGAUUCCGGUUCCCAUUCCAUCCUUCCCGAAUAUCACACAAGGGCAAGCUAUUCUUGGAUACACCAAUAGCCAAUGGGCUUAUCUAUAUAGUCGGGCCCAAGAGCUCGUAAGGCCGUUUGCCGAUAAAUAUGCCCAAACAAUCAACACGCCAAUCCAUCUGCGUGCUGAAAACAGUGCAGAAAUUCUGGGGCCGCUCGUGGAAGCGUUUCCUGGCUUGCAGCGGUGUGAAGACAACUGGGGCGCUAAGUGGGUUGUCAGAAAGGCAAGACACGCAGUCAGUGUCAAAGAUGCUUCUGAAAGACGAAAGUCGUCUCUCAAGCCUAGUAUCGAAACUAUGGCAUCAUCAUCGGCAAUCGCGGCUGAGGGCCAAAAAGUGGUGGAAAAAGAAAAAGAAGAUGAUGAUUCUGAGGGCGACGUUGAAGCCGCCAACGAGGAGCGUCGCGGUAAUGACAGCGUCGUCCACUCUCCAGGUGUCGGACAAGCUCCGGUCCCAGAUUGGCACAAGUACAUGACGCCAAAGUACACCCAAGGGCGCGGGCCCAGCCUAUACGGGCUCACAAAGCCAAUAAUCCCGUUCUUUGAGCCUACUGCUGGCCCACCAUCUAUGCGUCACUCCUCCUCCGACCUUGAUAGUAGCCGCUCCCUGGCUACUAAGAGACGUAGUAAACGUCUUCCACACCCUCCACCACCCGCUCAGGCCAGUCCCACGGGCGAGCCAGUGAUUGUCAACCCAGACCACCAAGUCACGAGCGGUCCCACAAAGCACUUGAGUGCAGUAAGCUCCGCACCAUCUCCGGUCAGGCGAACAAUUGGCUUUACCAUUCCUAAAGCCACCCGCCAAAUGUCAACCCCGGUUCUAUCUAUGUCCGCAGAUAGUCCUAAGCAAGAUGACUCAGACGAUUCAAUGCAGAUGGACGAGCAGGAAGAGCAACAGGAAACAAGCAGCAGAUACCAUAAGGCUGUCCCUGAAUCUCCACAAAGAGGUCAAGUAGACCAGGGGUCUGCCAAGCGCACAAUGGAUCAUCAAUAUACCGAUCAUCCUGCAACAGAAACCUUCGUCCUACCACCUAUUAGAGGGCUUCUCCCAGCCCCAAGCUUUGGAGUCGUCCAAGAAAGAGGCAGCCAAGCAGGAAUGUUGCCUUUCAGUAAUGGCAGCAGAGCCGGACCUGGAUUUGGCAAUAGCUUUCCAAGGUUCGACCAAUUAGCCGGCAGUUCAGGUGGUGACAGAGGUGGAAAGAUCAACAUCGUCAAUAGGGAUCCAGGGCCGAACAUGGGCCAUUUCAAUCGUGACCCUUACGGCAACUUUGGCAGGGGUAACACCCAUAAUGCAGCCCCGAAUUUCCAACAUGGAGGCCAGAAUGUGCAAAACGGAGGUCAAGGUGGUUUUAAUGGAGCCCCUGCUAGUCCUAAUGCGGGGCAUUACCACCAGGAGAGCUUCUAUCGAAACACUGGCAGCUAUGCUAACGGACUGCCCACCGAUCCAUACGGGUUUGUUAUGAAUCAGGGCCAGUAUUAUGGUGGUGCAGCUCCAGGCAGGCCUUCUCCUUAUGCACCCGCUCCUCCUCACGGACCAGGAAACAAUGUUCACGGCGCCGCUAAUCUGAGCAACGGCAUCAAUGCUACCCUCAACAUUCCACCGCAUCCUGGUUAUAGCCAUGGUGCCAGUAACAAUAAUCUCUACCACCCGCAGAGCUUUGGUUGGAAUGAACACAACGCCCAUGGACCUGCUCCCAGUGGCCCGAAUGCGAUUGGAAACGAAGGCACCAGAACUGCCAUGGACGGUGCUCUUCCCCAUCCCGGUGGAGGUACUCCGAGGGCUAGUCGUGGAAGGGGCAGCAGAUCUUCUAGACAGCUCCGUCAUGCUUCCACCUGGAGCGGCAAUCCUUACUAG